AUGCCACAACCAAAUGAGUGGUUGAAUCAUUUUGAAACACUUCAUUCUGAACACCACCUAAACAAAGAACAGAACGAAAUCAUUGAUUGUCUAAAAAACUACGAAAAAAUCAAAGACAACUUGACUGAACUUGAUGGCAUCAUCACAGAAGAAGAAUUGAGAAAAGCAGCUAAAAACCUAAAGCCCAAAAAAGCUGCUUAUAAUGACAAAAUCAGAAAUGAAAUGAUUAUAUCUAGUAUUGAAACUCUCUCGAAAUGUUUUAUGAAA